AUGUCCAAACGAAAAAGAGCAGUGUUGUCUCUUAAAGACAAAGUUAAGCAGCACAGCGAUUUUUUUGUAGACGAAUUAAAAGAAUUUCUAAAUGGAAAAGAAUACGAUUUAGAUUUUGUGUACAAUGCGGACGAAACAGGUCUUAAUUGGAAAGCUUUAACAAGCAAAUCAUUAGCAUCGCGUCAUGAAAAUGCAGCUCCGCGGCACAAAUCUAAUUCUUCAAUUAUACUGCACGACGAUUUUAAAGAAAUAACGGAAGCAAUGGAAAUUGUUAGCGUUGAUGAAGGGUACGAUGAAGAGAAUAUCAAGGAGUGGCUGAACUACGAUAGUGGAGACCCUGGAUUCCAAAUAUUAACCUUUUGA